AUGCUCAUUCUGGAAGAUUGGAGCUGCUGCCCAACCCUCUGGAGUUCAUUUCAGUCUAGCUGCUACUUCAUUUCUACUGUGAGGCAAUCUUGGGCCGAGCACUGGAAGAACUGCUCCAUGAUGGGGGCUGAUCUAGCGGUGAUCAGCACUAAGGAUGAACAGGUACUUUCUAAUAAGCAAAGAGGUGAAGGUCUGGUCUAUGGCUGUGAUAUCCAUCUCACUCCUCAGUGCCUGUUUCAUUGUGAGUUCUGUGGAUUCUGGCACUCAGGUGAACCCAAUAACCCUUCAGAGCGCUGUGCCAUAGUAAAUUUUCGUCAUCCUUCACGAAAAUGGGGCUGGAAUGAUGUUUAUUGUCAUGAAGCUGAGAAGUCAAUUUGUGAGAUGAUGAAGAUCCACUUAUAA